UAUAGCGUAUGCAGGGGGGCGGUUAAAAGGAAAGUAAUAGUCCACAGCGACGAGGCGGUGCUGGUAAGCGGCGGCAGACCCCCUCCUCCUUUAGUUGUUUGCUGUGCGCCCCUGGGUGCGAACACUGGAAAAUCCCUCCCCAGCUGAGCGGAAAGUAGGCGCCUCACGUCGGCUGCUCGCUGCCUGCAUGAGGAAGAGACCUGCAGGGCGGUACGAGCUUUUCCCGGGAAGCAGACGAGCGGAGAGGCAGGCACAGCUGGCUGGUCCCUUUGGUCCCGGCCUGGCGCUAAGAGAGGAGCGAGACUCCAUUUGGACGGGAUUUUGCUUUUAAUCCAUUGAUUUCUACCCCCAGCUCGCGGAUUGAAAGGGCGCUUGUAUCGUAUCGGCCCCCGAGCCUGCUGUGUAGAUAGUGCCUGCUGUGUACCGAGCCCAGCGACGGAAAGUCCGGGCUGGCCACCGGCACCAGCGCCGAGCCGUGAACGGGGCAUGGCUGCGGGUUACGGUGAAUGGGGGAUCGUCCGCCGCAGUCUCUGCCUUACAUCUCCCUGAGGAGCGGGGCGAUUGAACAAGUCAUCUAGGCGACCUUACAAAGGAAAGCGGUUUUUAAUAAGUCAUUUUAUUAUAAUUGAAUGGAACUUCCAGCUACCCGGACAAGCCACCAGCUUCAAAAGUAGAGCUCUGUUCAUAUUUUAACGAUUCUUUUAAAGUUAUUUAGCUCGUUUCUUUUAAUGUACUAACUUAGUUACUUGCACAGAACAAAAAAAAAAAAACAGAAGAAACGUGGGGGGAGUGAAAAAAAAUCACUGUUUUUAUUUAAUGUGACAUAGCUGUGAGAACUGCCUUUUGAUGGAUUGCAGUAUUGCAAAGGAAAGCUUAGAUGAAAACCAGAGCUGCUGAAGACAACCGGGAAUAUUGCUUUUUACACACUUUCUAUUUUUCCCUGGAUUAAUCUUCCUUUUUGAGAAUUGUUCUACCCGUUGGAUUUUGUGCGGUUUCCACAUUUUUCUCCUGUAUCGUUGUUUGUGGAUAUUGUGUUAUCGCCCAUCUGCCCCUCCAUUUCCCCCCCUCCCCAUCACCCCUACCUGCCCCCACCCGGUCACCCUGUCCGAUGCGGAGUACCUGAGCGGCCCCAGCGCCCUUCGCCCUGCCGGACAUGCUGAAGUGCAUCCCGCUGUGGCGCUGUAACCGCCACGUAGAGUCGGUGGACAAGCGACACUGCUCCCUGCAGACGGUCCCCGAGGAGAUAUUCCGCUAUAGCCGCAGCCUGGAGGAGUUGCUGCUCGAUGCCAACCAGCUCCGGGAGCUGCCCAAGCCCUUCUUCAGGCUGCUGAACCUGCGCAAGCUGUGCCUGAGUGACAAUGAGAUCCAGCGGCUGCCCCCAGAGGUGGCCAACUUCAUGCAGCUGGUGGAGCUGGACAUCUCCCGCAACGACAUCACAGAGAUCCCCGAGAGCAUCAAGUUCUGCAAAGCACUGGAGAUCGCCGACUUCAGUGGAAACCCCCUCUCCAGACUGCCCGAUGGCUUCACCCAGCUGCGAGGCCUGGCCCACCUGGCCCUGAAUGAUGUGUCGCUGCAGGCUCUGCCCAGCGACAUUGGCAACCUGGCCAAUCUGGUGACCCUGGAGCUGCGGGAGAAUCUGCUGAAGUCUCUGCCCACGUCGCUGUCCUUCCUGGUCAAGCUGGAGCACCUGGACCUGGGCAGCAAUGAACUGGAAGUCCUGCCUGACACACUCGGGGCCCUGCCUAACUUACGAGAGCUGUGGCUGGACCGGAACCAGCUCUCUGCCUUGCCAUUGGAGCUGGGCAACCUGCGUCGGCUGGUGUGUCUCGACGUGUCUGAGAACCGGCUGGAGCAGCUGCCGGAAGAGCUGAGCGGCCUCCUGGCCCUCACCGACCUGCUGCUCUCGCAGAACCUUCUGGAGAGCGUCCCCGACAGUAUCGGCUCCCUGAAGCAGCUGUCCAUCCUUAAAAUGGACCAGAACCGGCUGACCCACUUGACGGAAUCCAUCGGCCAGUGCGAGAACCUGUCCGAGCUCAUGCUGGCAGAAAACCUGCUGCAGACGCUGCCGCGCACAGUGGGCAAGCUGAAGAAGCUGACCAACCUGAACGUGGACCGCAACCGGUUGGGCGGCAUCCCCGUGGAGCUGGGCGGCUGCUCCAGCCUGAACGUGCUGUCGCUGCGGGACAACCAGGUGGGCCGGCUGCCCAGUGAGCUGGCUGGAGCUUCCGAGCUGCACGUGCUUGAUGUGGCUGGCAAUCGGCUCCAGAACCUGCCCUUCGCCCUGGCCAACCUGAACCUGAAGGCUAUGUGGCUGGCGGAGAACCAGUCGCAGCCCAUGCUCAAGUUCCAGACGGAGGAUGACGAGCACACGGGGGAGAAGGUGCUCACCUGCUACCUGCUGCCCCAGCAGCCGUCUCCCAGCCUUGAGAACCUGCUGCAGGAGAGGCCCGACGACAGCUGGACAGACACCAACCUCAAUCGCGUGUCGGUCAUCCAGUUCCGGGACGAGGCCAAGGAGGAGGUGGAGGAGGUGCCAGAGGAGCGCAAGGCAGGCACUGGCCUGCAGCGGCGGGCGACACCACACCCCAGUGAGCUGAAGGUCAUGAAGAAGGUGAUCGAGGAGCGGAGGAACGAGGCAUACACAGCCAAGCCUGACGGGGAUGCAGAUACGCCCGAAGCAGAGGAGAAACGUCUGAGCGGCCUGUCCAGCAACAGUCACAACUCCCAGGCCUCCUACAGUACGGCGUCUGCGGGUUCUCAUGAGGAAAGGCGGGACCUGCCAGCUGAGGGGGAGGAGCCAGAGGAUGUAUACACCCAGGAUCAGGAAGAGGAGGGGCUCGAUGAGAUGGAGGUGGAAUAUAUUGAGCCAACAGUGCACUUUGCCGAUGAACCCAUCAUCCGUGGAGGGGACGACGAGGACGAUGAAGACGAGGAGGAUGGUGACAGGGAGCGUAGUGAUGAGGAGGAGCUGCCCGCCUUACCUGCCGAGCGGCAGCGGCUCAUCCGCAAGGACACCCCCCACUACAAAAAGCACUUCAAGAUCACAAAGCUGCCCAAACCGGAGACCGUGGCCGCCCUCCUGCGGGGCUUCACCCCCGACGGGGUUGGUGAUGGGGAUGACGAAGAGGAAGAUCAGGAGGGGCCAGCUGAUCCCAAGCUGAUCGCCACACUUCAGGCGGAGAGCGAACUGCCAGAGUCUGUUGACAAUAGGCUGCUGGACAGGAUCACCUCCCCCUUGCAGCCCAUCAAGGGGGUGUCAUUUGAUCAAGUCAAUAAUCUGCUGAUUGAGCCUGCUCGAAUUGAGGAGGAAGAGCUGACGCUGACAGUCCUACGGCAGACGGGUGGCCUUGGGAUCAGUAUCGCGGGGGGGCGUGGCUCCACGCCGUACAAGGGAGAUGACGAGGGUAUCUUCAUCUCCAGGGUGUCAGAGGAUGGCCCGGCUGCCCGCGCUGGGGUCAAAGUGGGAGACAAGCUGCUGCAGGUAAAUGGUGUGGACCUGCAGGGGGCAGAGCACCAGCAGGCAGUGGAUGCACUGCGUGGCUCUGGCACUGCUGUGUCAAUGACGCUGCUACGGGAGCGCAUGGUGGAGCCCGAGAAUGCUGUGACGACCACGCCACUGCGGCCCGAGGACGACUCGUUCCCGCGUGAGCGGCGCGGCAGCGGCCUGCCCUUCUGCCUGGAGCCUGCCGCCGGUCGCCAGCGCCUCAGCGCCUGCCUCAUCCGCAACGACAAGGGCCUGGGCUUCAGUAUCGCCGGAGGGAAGGGCUCCACCCAGUACCGUACCGGCGACACCGGCAUCUUCAUCUCCCGGAUCGCCGAAGGUGGGGCCGCCCACCGUGACAGCACGCUGCAAGUGGGAGACAGGGUCAUCUCCAUCAAUGGUGUAGACAUGACAGAGGCCAGGCAUGACCAGGCAGUAGCUCUGCUCACCACCGCCUCCCCCACCAUCACCCUGCUGGUGGAGCGUGACCUGGCCGAACCCCGGGCCCGCCCACACUCCCCCCCGCCUCCUCAGCCCACCAGUGCGGCAGACCAGGAGGACCAAGGCGAACAGUCGAGCCAGCCAAUGGAGGACGAGUAUCCCAUCGAGGAAGUGAUGCUGGUGAAGGCAGGCGGCCCCCUUGGGCUGAGCAUCGUCGGAGGCAGCGACCACGCCAGUCACCCAUUUGGCGUCCGUGAGCCUGGAGUUUUCAUCUCGAAGGUGAUCCCCAAUGGCCUGGCCUGCAGGAGCGGCCUGCGGGUCGGCGACCGCAUCCUGGAGGUCAACUCCAUCGACCUGCGGCACGCCACCCAUCAGGAGGCCGUGCGAGCGCUGCUCUCCAACAAGCAGGAGAUCCAGCUGCUGGUUCGCCGUGACCCCGCCCCGCCCGGCAUGCAGGAGAUCGUCAUCGAGAAGUUCCCCGGAGAGAAACUGGGCAUUAGCAUCCGUGGGGGGGCCAGGGGCCACACCGGCAACCCCUUUGACCCCACUGACGAGGGCAUCUUCAUCUCCAAGGUGAGCGCCGGCGGGGCAGCUGCGAGGGACGGACGGCUGCGGGUAGGCAUGCGCAUCCUGGAGGUGAACGGCCACAGCCUGCUGGGCAUGACGCACACGGAGGCUGUGCGGGCCCUGCGAGCCACAGGAGACACUCUGGCCGUGCUGGUGUGCGAUGGCUUUGACCCGCAGGAUGCUGCUGCCAUCGAGGCAUCCCCUGGUAUCAUUGCCAACCCCUUUGCUGCGGGCAUCGUUCGCAAGAACAGCAUGGAGAGCAUCUCUUCUAUCGACAGGGACCUGAGCCCGGAGGAGAUGGACAUCCUGCAGAAGGAGGUGGAGAUGGUGCGAGAAUCGUCCCAGUGGGAGAAGGAGGAGCUGGAGAAGCUGGAGCGCAUGCGCAUGGAGCGUGAGGAGGCCAAUCGCGUGCUGGAAAAGGAGACUGAGGACCUGGACGCUGGGCCCCUCAAACUGGACUACAGGACAUUGGCUGCCCUGCCCAGCUCUGCCGUGCAGAAACUCGGCCAGUUCUCUCAUUCCGUCACUCUGACCGUCCCCAUGGAGGCGCCCCUACAGGCCCAUCUCGUCGUUUCUCUGGAGUCUGUAGGCUCCAACCCUGCAGAGCCCCCCCAGGUCAGCCCCACCCUGUCCCCGGCCUCCAGCCUGGAAGCCCAUAUCUUGCGGUGUCCCCCUGCCAAGGGCUCCCCCCUUUGCCACAACCUCAACAGUUCCCCGUCGUCGCACAUAUCUGGGCAGGAAGCCACGCCCCCUGCUGACCAACCCGAGGAAUCGCUCGUGGACUGUAAGCCGAUCCUCUUCAGUGAGAACCCUUUCCUGGUUGCCAACCGUAAGAGUAGGGGCUGUCCCCCGGAACAGCAACCCCUGUCUGGGCCACCUGUGGGCUACGGCCGGCAGGGCCAACUGCAGACCUCGUUGUACAGCAAGUACCAGUCUCCGUCAGUUGACACCCCCCGGCCGAGGAGCCCCAACAGAGAGGCCCCGUACCCCCCCAGCCCCCUGCCGACAAAGCCUGGAACGAUCCAGCCCCUCUCUCGCAUGCGGCACAGCGGCUCGCCCAUUAGCCUGGAUGGCCAGGGCAGUCCCAGUGCGGCCCCCCACCGCGCCUUCCUCCCCGCCUCCUCCCACACCUCUCCUCGCACCCCCUCUCCCUUCACCCCCGACGAGUUCCCCAUCAGUGCCAAGCAGGCCUACAAAGCCUUUGCUGCCGUGCCGCAUUCUAUGGCAGUGCUGGAGCUGCAGCAGGAUUCCUUCAGCCAAAGGAGCCCUGACACACCCAAGCCAGAGACGCCCACAUGCAGCGGCAGCCUGGAAGUCCCAGAGCAGCGUUCCUUUAGAGACAGACAGAAGUACUUCGAGAUGGACAUGAAGCAGCAGACCCCCGACAGCAAGCCCCGCCCCCGAGUGUGUCUGGUGGGGGAGGAUGACCUGAAGAAGAUGAAGGAGGAGGAAGCCCGGAAGGUCGACCAGCGCCCCCCAGAGUUCCUAAUGGAUGAUGAUGAGGAGGAAGAGGAAGAGGACCUUGCUAAGCAGAUGGCUGACCUGAAGGCGCAGGGCAAAGUGGUGCUGGAUGGAGUGGAGUAUAAGGUCGAGAGUGUGCGUGCUCCCUCUGGCUCCUCCCCCCGACACUGUGCCACGCCCCCAACUUCAGGGAGGCCAGACUCUCAGAGGAACUCCCUGGAGGACACCUUCAGGCUGGAGCACAGGCCCAGCUCCAUCACCGGCCUGGUUCCGGCAUACCCCGAGGGAUCCAGCGCCCCCAUCCGCACGGCCAAGGCGGAGCGGCGGCAGCAGGAGAGGCUGCGCAUGCAGAGCCCCGAGCUGCCUCCGGGGGGCGAUCGUGAGCUGUCCCCGGCCGAGAAGCGGGCGUUAGAGGCCGAGAAGAGGGCCAUGUGGAGAGCAGCACGGCCCUAUGGGUUAGAGGAGGACGUUAGGCAGUAUGAACAGGACCUGGCCAAACGGCUCUACCAAUCCCGAGUGAGGGCGUCUCAGGCCUGCACCCCACCCCCUCAGCCUGCCGGUGCCAGCAUGAAGUCCCUGGAGCAGGAUGCCCUGAAGGCCCAGAUGGUCAUAGCCAAAUCGCGUGAGGCCAAGAAGCGCGGAACACUGGAGCGGCUGACGGAGUCGCCGUCCCCCGCCCCUACGCCAUCGCCCACUCCACUGGAAGAUCCAGCCUCCCGCUGUGUGACAUCACCAGGCAGGCUGUCCCUGUCGCAAAAGAAGUUUGACUACCGGCAGUUUGCAGCAAUCCCCUCCUCAAAACCCGUAUACGACAUCCAGUCCCCGGACACUGCUGAUGACGGCCACAUGGACGGUUCCAGUAGCCCAGCAGCAGCACCCCCUGCAGACCCGGCUGUAGAAGUGCCCCCUCUGCUGCCUGUGUCCUCAGCCCUGGAGGAGAUGGCACUCUACAGCAACAAGCGCAAGCUGAGGCAGGGCCGCCGCAGCCUGGAGACCGCCGUCCCCACGUAGCUGACGCUCCCGAGGACCAUCGCCAAGACACUCGCUCUCUCUCUCUCACGCACACACACACACGCACACACACACACGCACCAGCAACACGAGCCUCAUCGCGAGCCAGCCAGAGCUCCGCCACAAUUCCACCACAGAACCCAUCUUCUGGAAUCACAUCAGCUUCCUCAUCAAUGUCCACUUGAGGACAUGAGACAUUUCCAUGAGAGAGUGAUGACACUACAAACGAGAUACCUUAGAAUCACACACGUGGGGGGUGGGAUGUACAAGCGGCACCCCGCCAAAUGGAUAGAGCAGGAUGGGUGGGGGGUCCGAAGCCUUUUCUUUUCUUUUUUCUCUUACACUUUUUCAGUUUGCAACUUAACUGGUGACUAAUCCUGUUCGAUUCCUGCCACUCUGGUUGCUGUAAAAAAAAAAAUGAAGUAAAAAUGAGAUGAAUUGUAGCAGUUUCACUAACUAAUUUUUAAUUUGGGAGGUGUUUUAUUUGAAUGGCUUGUAAAAUUCAAGGGUAUCACAGAGCUUUGGAAAGAGUGUAAAUAGGGCUUAAAACUUCUGCUACGCAAGCAGCCACCCGAACACAUAUUUCAGCAUUUGUUCUGCAAUGUUUGUAUAUUGCCCUACCCCUACUUGUUGUGUAGGAAAAAAACUUUUUAAAACUGAUUUUAGAGUAACUUAUUUUAUCAGUGUAUCCCCAAUACGUCUCCAUACAUCUCUGUAUUAAUCCGAGUGUGUAAAACGUGUUUGUUAAAUAACUGUGUUCAAGAGAAUUCAUCUAAAGCAAAGAUAUGUGCAUUUCUUUGUAUUGUGUGUUUUAUAUUUAUGUCUUCGGAAACAGAGGUCAGUCACCUAAAUACACAAGACGAGUUAACAGAAUUUUUGGUCUUGAAGAUUAAAAUUUCCUUCACCAAAAAUGUUGCACACUAUCUGGUGGUGUAAGAGGCACGAUCAGUUACACUCAAAUUGUUUCAUUCAGCAAUUAAGGCAUAAAAUAUCAAGGAAUUUUAUAUUACCAAAAUUUAAGGCAUGAAGAUGUACUUUGUCAUUACCUGAACCCUUUCCUGAAGGUAGUAGCAUGUGGCAUUUGUCAAUCGAAAUUUAGCAGCUGCAAUACACACUGUUAUAUUGAACAAGACUACACUGAGUUGAUACAGGACUGUGCACCCAAAGGGUACCAAUGCCAAAAAGUUACAGAUUUGUGAUUUUCUGCUGCCUAUGCAGGAAAGGUGAACAUGUAGGUCUCAUUACCUGUGGUACCAUUCUCCCUACUCUUCAAAGGCAUGUGGAUGAUCUAUGUAUGAGCUACAAACCGGUUAGCAGGUGGUAAUAGUUUUUUUUUUUUUUUUUUUAAAUCGGACACCACUGAAAUCUGUGAAUAAUGUACAUACGAAAACGAAAGAAGCAAUGUCGAGGUCAAAGCUGAGCCGAUCUAUGCAGAGACCCCAGCUGUUCUGUUUGCUGGGUGCUGUGUGCAUGUAAAUUGGCUGCGUGAAGGUUUUUCAUAAGAUAUAUUUGUAAGUCCUCCCAAUGUCUUUUGUAUUCUCAAUGCACUCUUUCUUCCUCUUUUGAUCUACUGUUAACAAUCUGAAUUGUGUAAUAGCUUCUGUUAUUAAAAUACUAAUUAUAGUUUUUUUUAAUUGACUGAAAUUCAGUUUGGAUAAUUUGUGAAUGGAUGAUUUUUUUUCUCUCUCUCUUCCUGUUAGAUAACGUCCUUUCUGGGAUUUACCAAACAGUGGGUUUUAGACAGAUGUAGAGCCAUUUUUUUUUCUCCUUUUUGUGGGAACAUAUUUUUCCAAAAGGGUGGGAGGGAACGGAAUGAAGUCAUGGGGUUAUAGCAACACGCCUGUAACUAGAUAAGGUCAUGGGGGUCAUAGCUCAAAGACUGUAACUAGUGAAUUUGUAAAACCAAAGAAAUCUAUUUUGUGGUUCAGGAACAAUAAAGUUUACUUUGCGUUUAACUGAUUUACAAUUUUGUGUUUGCAGUUGAAGACACUAUCGAUAAAAUCUUUGGACAAAGACUGUGGGACAUUGACAGGUUAUCUGGGUCACAAAUUCAUUGUGUUUCUAACAUCACCCAUCUGCAAUAAAAGAAUUUGCAACACUUAGCAACUGAA